AACUGUCAUCAUCCACUACCUGUCACCACCUGCAAAGCGAAAGAGAUACUCUGCCGUGACCAUGUCUGCAUGCGAGUGGCUCUGUGUUUGACUUGAGUAAUCAUUUUUCUGAUCACCUUUUCUUUUUUUACUCCCUACUUUUGAAAGAUGAUAUCUGUACUUACUGGAUGGAUGAAGAUUCAUAAAAAAGAUACUGUCUGUGAUUGAGUGAGAUCUUGAGGGGUUAUAAUGUGGGGAAAAAACGGGGACAGGCAGAAACGUGAAGAACAUGAUCCAAGGAACUGAAUCUUACUUUCACUUUCACUGGGAGGAAAAUGUUUGUGAAGACUUUUGGAAUUUCUUAAACUCCGCUGACCUCAAUGAGAUGUUGUGGCACGAUCUCGAGAGAGCUAUUCACACCAGGCAUUCCAGGAAUCUUGCUCAACUGCAACAGUUUUGUCAAGGGAAAUGAUUCAAAAUUCAUGCUGGUUCUGCACAUCUGAUCUGCAACUCUACGAAACGACAGAUAUUGCUGUUAAAAGAGGCCUGACACUCUGCCUGUGUCUGUCUGUGAUGCAAAUGAGGGACAUUCUGCAACAGCUUUGCACACGGGUGGAAAAAUAAGUGUGAGUGUAAAUGCUACCCGCCUAUAGACCCACUGUCGCAUCACAUUCCUUCUGAUUUAAGAUUUGCAAGCUGUGCCACACUGAACUCGAGCGCUGAGAUGACGUUGGAUUUAAAUCGGCCCGUGCUAAUGUCAGGGAAAGGAAUUGGAGGAAAGAGAUCCAGUCGGGACAAUUGCUGCCGUUUUACAUGGUUAAAGUCCCUCAGUACCUGCUGGCGCUUUGGCUUCAAGAAUAUCGAACCUACGUCACAAUCGCUUUGCCAUCGGAAACUCAUUGAACUGUCUUCAAAAUGGUUCCUCGAGACUCAAGUGUCACACAUCGCUCAAGAUGGCAGCUUCCCCACUUGGUUCGUGGGCUUCCUCGCCAGAGAGGAUGCAGAAGAAAUCCUCAAAGAAAAGGACCAAGGUUGUUUCCUAAUCCGUCUCAGUGACAAAGCCAUCGGAUACGUUCUCUCAUAUAGAGGCCGCGAUCGCUGUCGACACUUUGUGAUAAACCAAAGUGACACGGGGCUCUUUGUUGUCCGCGGAGCCGCCGAGGAACACGACACAGUCUCUGAACUAAUCUGGCACUACAAGACGAGCCCCAUCGAGCCAUUUGGAGAGUAUCUCACAUCAUCGUGCUUUGAGGCACCUGCAGACGGGACGUAUGAUGUGAUUCGGCAUGCCGAAGCCAAGAAGAAAGUGGAAAGAAAUUCUGAGAAGCCAACUUUACUGUCGAAGAGCAAAACGAUGCUUGAGGAGGUGCCGCCAGUUCCAAGGAGGGGCAGAUACCAGGAAACUAGUCCACCCAAUAACCCCAACAGGAUUCUGUAUGCUCGUCUUAGAAAGAAACCAACCAGGCACUGUCAUGCAAGCCAGCAACACAUACAUAAGGACCGUUUGCCCAGCGCUACCGCAAGCAGACUUGUAGGGUGCACCACGCUGGAUCAGAAUCCCAAAAAGAGGCGUCCUGUGUCUGCACCUUCGUACUCUCUGCCUGUCUUGGCGGAUCUCACAUCUGGAGCGAGAUUUUCUCCAAAUACCACCAGGGGACCAUCAUCAUCAAACCCAUGCAGAAAACCUCCAAGCAGUCACAGCACUAACUUCCUGAAUAAUGACGCCAUCUAUUUUCUGGCCGGCAGGCCCGAUAGGCCUCACCUUACAAGCAUAGAAACCACAUCACACACACCGCAUCACCUUACUAACCCAGUGUAUGCCGAGAUACACACCAAAGCCUUCGGAGGCUGCUUUUCUCGUGAUGACACCUACGAGAUCAUCCCCGGCAUAGAGGACGCAUUCAAACCUGAAAUAUUGAGCAACACGUAUGAGUCAGUGGAGGAUCUCAAUCAUUUGCUGUCCAGUAAGUAAAGUAGUACAGUUUAAAUGCUUUUAUGCGGUAUACAAGAAACCCACCUCCAUAAUUGAAUUAUGCAUAAAUAUUGGACAGUGUAACAGUGUACAAAUCCCUCUGUGUCGACAGUGAGCAAAUUCCAAUUUUUCAGAACUAAAAAAAAAGUGUUUGUGUCUCACAGUAUACAUCAAUCAGGUUCAAAGGUGAACAUUAUAAAAUCAACCUACAGCCAUCGCUGUGUGUAGGUAUAUGAGAUUCAAUAACUACUUGUUUUUGUUUUUAGAUUUUCAAACACACUGUUUCAAAUUACACCAAUUGCUUCUAUUUAGUGGGAAAAAAUAUUUAGUGGGAAAAAAAACUCAUGCCAAAUAUUAAAAGAGUGUUUGGUCAAACUGGACCAAAAAAAAAAUUUUUUUUAAAUCUGCGAAAUAGCGGGUCCAUGAACCUGGAACCCUUGACAGAGGGUGCUUUAAGAUCACACAAAAGUGUGGAAAUGGUAACAUCCGCACUUUUCAAUUAUACCUCAACUGGUAAACCUCCUGUGUGAAAAACGCCAAAAUGUAUAUAAUGUAUAAUAAUGUAUGUAUAUGUACAUAAUAUAUAGAUGGAUUUAAGAUGUGAAAUUUUCCAGAUAAUGGCGCGAACGGCCAAAACAUACAUUUGACGUUUUAUUUUUAUUUGUUUUGUAUUUACAAUUUGUCCAAUGGGGCGGCCCGGUAGUCCAGUGGUUAGCACGUUGGCUUCACAGUUCAGAGGUACCGGGUUCGAUUCCAGCUCCGGCCUCCCUGUGUGGAGUUUGCAUGUUCUCCCCGGGCCUGCGUGGGUUUUCUCCGGGUGCUCCGGUUUCCUCCCACAUUCCAAAAAAUAUGCAUGGCAGGCUGAUUGAACACUCUAAAUUGUCCCUAGGUGUGAGUGUGAGCGUGGAUGGUUGUUCGUCUCUGUGUGCCCUGCGAUUGGCUGGCAACCGAUUCAGGGUGUCCCCCGCCUACUGCCCGGAGACGGCUGGGAUGGGCUCCAGCACCCCCCGCGACCCUAGUGAGGAUCAGGCGGUACGGAAGAUGAAUGAAUGAAUGAAUUUGUCCAAUGGAUGACAUUUAUAUUCAUGUGCUGAAUGUGUGGAACGACAUAUUAUUCAAUAAAUGACUGCAAACCUUUUA